CACUUCCACGUGACCAUGCCUCCAAUGCUUCCUACAUGGCUACAUUGCUACUCAGAUCGGAUGCCCAAAUUAAGGCGCAGACGGAAGAAGCAAAUUAUGUCCUUCAGGCUUCUCCGGCUGCUCCUGCUGCAUCUCGUCCCCGGCUUCCUGCUUCUGCUGUUCUUGCGCCCGGCCUCGGCGUCUGCGCCGACAGUCGUCACGCACCUGCCAGGAUACGAUGGGCCUCUGCCCUUCAACCUCUUAACAGGGUACGUGGGCGUGGAGGAGGAGACCGGAACGGAGCUCUUCUACUACUUCGUCGAGUCGGAGAGGAGCCCCGGCACGGACCCCGUACUCCUGUGGCUGACUGGCGGGCCCCGCUGCUCCGUCAUCAUGGGCCUGGCCUUCGAGAUCGGUCCUCUAAGGUUUGUGCGGGCACCGUAUAGUGGUGGUUUGCCGGAGUUGGUCUAUAACCCACAUUCAUGGACCAAGAUGGGAAACAUCCUCUUGUUGGACUCUCCAGUUGGCUCAGGUUUCUCGUAUGCGCGUGAUCCCAAAGGCUACCAUGUCGGAGACUACUCAUCUUCUCUGCAUGUCCAAAGAUUUUUGAAUAAGUGGUUCACGGAUCAUCCGCAGUACCUUUCGAAUCAUUUCUACCUUGCUGGAGAUUCAUAUGCUGGAAAGGUGAUUCCACUUAUUGCACAAGACAUUUCGGAAGGAAUUGAAAUGGGGCAGCAGCCUAUCAUCAAUCUAAAGGGAUAUAUGGUCGGCAACCCUAUAACAGACCCGAUGUUUGAUGAAAAUUUCAGAAUUCCAAGUGCUCAUGGCUUCGGUAUAAUAUCUGAUCAAAUAUAUGAGAUUGCAAGGGAGAGUUGCAAAGGAGACUAUAUAAACCCGUCGAACAAAAUGUGUGCUGAGGUUCUGCAUACUAUCAACAAUCUCAUUUCUGAAAUUUCAAUUGAGCACAUCUUGUAUGACAAAUGUGACGUUGUCGCGCCAAAUUCCGUAGAUGAUAAUUCAAGAAGAAAGUUUUUGUUGGAAGGUUCUAUCCAGAUAAGCAAGCCACCUAGUCGACCUCCAGUAGAUUGUUUUACAUAUGGUUACUACCUAGCUUACUUUUGGAUGAACAACAACUUGACUAAAAAUGCUCUUGGGAUUAAGGAGGCAACAGUGGGCGAGUGGAUACAAUGCAAUGUAGGACUCCCCUACACAUUCGAGAUCCGGAGCAGCGUAGGGUAUCAUCUUAACCUCACCACGAGAGGUUAUCGUGCACUUGUGUACAGUGGAGACCAUGAUCUUGAAGCACCAUUUCUUGGCACGCAUGCAUGGAUAAGAUCCUUGAACUUCUCCAUCGUUGAUGACUGGAGGGCAUGGCAUCUCAAUGGGCAGGCUGCAGGAUUUACCAUAAAAUACGAGAACAAUAUGACAUUUGCUACGGUGAAGGGUGCUGGUCAUACUGCUCCAGAAUACCGGCCAGAAGAAUGCUUUGCCAUGGCACAAAGGUGGUUGGACAAUGAGCCUCUCUGACGCCUUGAUUUGACAACUUUAUUUGUUUAAUUGACUUUGGCCAUUUUGUAUGUGUGCUUCACUCCACGUGUAAAGAUAAACUCAAUAGCAUUCUGUAAAACGAACUUUAUUUUCCCUUCUAGAAAUGUAUUGUGUGGGAAACCAAAGCAUCCAUAAAGAUCAGAUAUAUCGGUAUAACUGUGGAUGUGAAUUUGAUAUACAAAUUGUAGCCUUGAACUGGCACGGGAGCUAGCGUGCAUGCAAGAGCUGUUUAUUUUC